CCCCUUCUCCCUCCCAUCAUGCAAGCAGCGACAGGUCACGUGCCUCAAGCCGGGGGGGGGGGGGCGGAGGCAGAAAGCCCGGCCUUGUGUCGGUCGGACGUACUAGCGCCAUGCUGCUACUUUCGCUACCCGGUGGCCGUCUCCACCUCAGGCCGGCCUUUCUCCCAUCCCUCCUCACGCUUCUUCUCCUUGUCCAGCUGCCGGGCCCUGCGCGGCCUAUUUCCUUCCACCUGCCGGGCAAGGCCCGCAAAUGCCUGCGGGAGGAGAUCCACCACGACAUGCUCGUCACCGGCGAGUAUGAGGUCGCUGCUCCGCCGGGCUCGUCUAGCGGCCCGUCCGCCAACCUCAAGAUUACUGACUCAGCUGGGCACAUUCUCUAUGUCAAGGAGGAUGCAACUAAGGGGAAAUUCGCUUUCACCACGGAAGACUAUGACAUGUUUGAAGCCUGCUUUGAGAGCAAACUCCCUGUGGGAACAGGGCGGAUGCCAGACCAGUUCGUGAUCUUGAACAUAAAGCAUGGAGUAGAAGCAAAGAACUACGAGGAGAUUGCUAAAGUAGAGAAGCUGAAGCCGCUGGAGCUGGAGCUGCGACGCCUGGAGGAUCUUUCAGAGUCUGUUGUCAAUGACUUUGCUUACAUGAAGAAGCGGGAAGAGGAGAUGCGGGAUACCAAUGAGUCUACCAACAUUCGGGUGCUAUACUUCAGCAUUUUUUCGAUGUUCUGUCUCAUUGGACUGGCUACUUGGCAGGUCUUCUAUCUGCGUCGUUUUUUCAAGGCCAAGAAGCUGAUUGAAUAAGGACCGUUUCCUCUCUUUGAAACCCCAGCAGAACAGCACAGAGACCCAACUAUGGCUGUUUAGAGCCACUUCAGAAUUGACCUGCCAAAUGGAGCCUUUUCUGCAAAUGGCUCACAAGGGGAGGGAGGGAAAUGCCAGUACAGAAAACAAUGAGGAUACUUCUGAACUAUUAUUGGAUACAGUUGGAAGAAGGUGGGAGUUGUGAUUUUGGUGACUCUUGGAAAGGGAUGAAAUAAAACUAUCAGACAGCUGUGGUUGGCUUUUAUGCUGUCUUUUCCUCUCCCUUACAGCUAAAGUUAGGUGACUUUUUCCCAUAUGUCACCAAACUGAUCCUCUAAAUGACUUGAAUGUAGAAUUUGUUAAAUUGCAGCAUUCUAUCUGUUAUUACAGAGUUUGGGGAGGGGAUAAUUCAGAGUCAGCGGUCCCAGAAGCAGACCUUGUUGCAAAACAGUCAGCAGCUACACUUUUGGAGUGGAGAAGAAACUGCCAGUGGCAUGUGUCUGUCAACAUAUUUGAUAUUUGUAUGUGUAGGAGCAGGAAGGGAUGGUUGGAAAAUAACUGGGCCAUAUUGCUUAGAUUGCAGAAGUAUGAUGUACAAACUCUCAAGGUUUUUGUUCUCAUCCUAUCGCAUUCUCUGAGGCAAUUGCUUCUCUUGUUCUAAAUUGAUAGUUUGUGAAAGUGCCAUGUGAAAAGCUGUCUUUUUUUUUUAACUGUAAUGCAUUCUUGAAAUGCACACUUGGGUUGAUCCCUAGCAGAAUGGAAUAGGUCUCUUCUCUCUCCUUCACCUCCUGCCCUCCUCAGGGGCAAUGUAGAACCCUGUUUUCUGCUAAAGAUAGAAGUAAAACUGUUGUUUUGGCAGAGUUAGACCUGCAUUUUAACAGACCAAAAUAAAAUUACAGCCAUGUGCUUAUAGCUCUGCCUCCAUGCAUAUUAUUUGAAUGCAAAACGGCACGCAGCUGAGUCAGUGGGAGACUGUAGAUGAACUGUAGCAAGUCUUGGAUCAGAAAAGCUAUAGUAAUUCACCAAAAGAAAACUUCAUGUAUACACCUCUCUCCUGUAGGCAUGUAUGUCCAUUAAGCCUUUCUGGAGCGGUGAGGGAGUGCUGUUGAAUAACAUAGAUAGGGGCACAAGGGAUUGCUGAGGGAGGACGGAAUCGCCCAAAAUCAGGUUUGGAUCCUAAGAUAACUUAAGGAUCUUUGAGGAAAUAAAGUUUCCCGUUCUUCCCCUCCCCCCGCUCCUGCCCCCACAACCCUCCACUCACUCCCCAUCUGAUAUUGAGAAACCAGGGCACACAGAGCUGCAAGUGAAGGAGGCAGAAAAUGUUCCUUCUACAAAUUUCCUUGAGUUAACUUAUCUUAGGUACCAAUCCUAAAUGUAGUGAGCUACCUUCUCCCUGGUUCUAUUCCUUCCCCAAUCACUAUUGGGAGUUUUCUUGCAAGUGUCCAGCGCUGCUUUUAAAUUCAGAUCCGAAGACCUUUCCUGCUUAUCUUUUUGAACAUUUGGAAGCAGUUACACCCUAAAUAGAAAUGGCGUUGUAAGGUUUUGCUGCAGAUGUAGUGGCUAUUUCAGGCUCCCUUAUUUAGACUGCAAUAGCAAGUUUUAUAAAUUUCAAGAAAAAGAAACAUCUUUUUGGUAUUCACUAGUUUUUUCAUUUGAAUUUGCCAAUACUUUGCAGAUCAGACCUUUUUUGGUAGGUAACAUGAUGUCUUGAGCUCCAUGGAACUUCAGCCUUAGUGGUAUUGGCCUGACUUUACUCCUAAUUCUUGUGAUAUAAUUGAAUCUAAGUACAGCAGGCAGUGGAACCCUGUACACAUUUAUCUGUAACAAGUGGGUUGGGGAUUUGUCCAUUUUUCUCAAUAAAGAUUUUUGUGGGGGCGAAGUACUCUCCAGAA